GGUUGGCACCGCCCCGGCCGCGAUGGAAACUGCACAUGGACACCUCGGCCCCCGGUAGACAGUCGGAGGCUGCUCCAGCCCUUGUGCCGCCCAGCCCAGCUUCAGUCUAGCACAGGGUAGGAAGCCAGGUGCUGGUUUAAACCGAAGAUAAGACACACAAAGCUGGAGUAACUCAGCGGGACAGUCAGAAUUUCUGGAGAGAAAGAAUUCGCAUGACGUUUCGGGUCGAGACCCUUCUUCAGACUGAUGUCAGGGGAGAGGGAGAUACGUAGAUAAGGAAGUGUAAGGUGUGAAAACAGGACAAAGGGACACAGCCCAGCCCAGCUCAUCCCAGCCCGUCUCAGAGCGUCCCAGCCCAGCCCGGUAACUUUCCGUGCCGACCUAUGGCAGUCAGUGACAAGCCAUGGCCAAGCGCAGCUCGUUGUUUCUUCGGAUAGUCGAAGGGAAGAAAUUACCAGCCAAGGAUCUAACAGGAAGCAGUGAUCCAUACUGCAUUGUAAGAAUUGACAACGAGACAAUAAUCAGAACUGCAACAAUAUGGAAGACCCUGUCUCCCUUCUGGGGCGAGGAGUACAAUGUCCAUCUGCCCAGCACCUUCCACUCCAUUGCCUUUUACGUGAUGGAUGAGGAUGCGAUCAGCCGUGAUGACGUUAUUGGGAAAGUUUUGAUAGCCAAGGACGUUCUUACUGCCAACCCAAAAGGUGUGGACAGUUGGAUGUCCUUGAGUGAAAUUGAUCCAGACGAGGAGGUCCAAGGGGAGAUCCAUCUUCGGAUCGAAAUUUGCAGCAAUGGGUCAACAUCAAAGCUGCGCUGCCAUGUGUUUGAAGCAAGAGACCUGGCUCGGAAGGAUUUGAAUGGAGCCUCGGAUCCCUUUGUCAGAGUACAGUACAAUGGGAAGACCCAGGAAAGCUCUGUUGUGAAAAAGUCCUGUUACCCGCGUUGGAACGAGGUCUUUGAUUUUGCUCUGGAUGAUUCUGUGACAGAGAACACGUUAUAUGUGGAGGUGUGGGACUGGGACCUGGUCAGUAAAAAUGACUUCCUGGGAAAGGUGGCAUUCAACGUUAACAAGCUCCAGAUGAUCCAGCAGAAGGAAAGCUGGUUCCUGUUGCUUCCUGAUAAGGCAAAGAGGAAUGAGACUGAGGGAGCCCUGGGUUCGCUGCGUCUACAGCUGCGACUGCGGGAUGAGAGCGUUCUUCCUUCCAGUUACUACCAGCCCCUCACAGAGCUACUACUCCAGUCCACGACAACCAACAAUGGUGAAGAAGGGAACUUGCUGGCAAUGAUCGAUGAGCUCACCACCACUGAAAACAGGCAGGAGGUCGCAACCAAUCUGGUUAAACUCUUCCUGGGACAAGGGCUGGCAAAACACUUCUUAAACUUUGUCAUUAAGUUGGAACUGGAUAGAACAACCGAACCAAAUACAUUGUUCCGAAACAAUUCUUUAGCUUCCAAAUCCAUGGAAUGUUUUUUAAAGGUGGCGGGGAUGCAAUAUUUGCACAAUAUCCUUGGACCAACCAUACACCGGGUGUUUGAAGAGAGAAAGUACGUGGAGCUGGAUCCCAACAAACUGGAGUUCAAGGAAGCAGGUUGUUCAGGUCUCCAUCGGUGCCAGACUGAGGCAGACAUAAUCCAGCAGAGUGCGCAGUGUCUCCAGUCCUACCUGACGGAACUGAUUGAAGCCAUUGUGAGCUCAGUGGAACAGUGCCCCUCGGUGAUCCGGGCCACCUUCAGAGAUCUCUUCAGAAGUGUGGGGGCAAGAUUCCCACAGGAUCGCUACCAGGACAUCAAGUAUGUGGCAGUCACCAGCUUUCUGUGCCUACGGUUCUUCUCACCAGCCAUCAUGUCUCCCAAACUGUUCUAUCUUCGCCCCAAGCACCCAGACGCACGGACCAGCAGGACGUUGCUGCUUCUGGCUAAGGUGAUCCAGAGUAUUGGAAACAUGGAUGCCAAUGAAGCUCGUGGAAAGGAAAUUUGGAUGGCACCAUUGCAGAACAAUAUUCAACAAGGGGUCACAUUAUUUAAAGAAUUCAUCAUCAAGCUAAUCGACAUUGAGGAGGAUCAAGAGCUGGAUUGUCAAAAGCGAGUGGCACUGCAAACGUCCACCAUCAAAGAAGGAUACCUGCUGAUGCACCGAGCCAAGGAGAGAGGCAUCCUCAUGUCAUCUCACUUCAAAAAGCAUUAUUUUUGCUUGAACUGUGAAGCAUUGUGUUAUGCCAAAAUGCCAAACGCAAAGAACAGCGCAUUUAUUCCACUCUCCAAGAUCAUAGCCAUAGAGAAGGUGGACGAGAAGUGUUUUGGCAGCCCGUAUGUCAUGCAGAUCAUUUCAACGGACGGCAGAAGACAAUUUGAGAUCAUGUACUUGCAGUGCAAGAACGUGAAUGAAUUGAAUCAAUGGCUAUCGUCUUUACGGAAAUACUGUGUCAGCAACAAACAAAUGCUGAACUCUUAUCAUCCUGGCGUGUCCAAAGGGGAGAAGUGGAGCUGCUGCCACCAAAAGGAGAAAACAGCUCCAGGGUGCGACAAAACCCAUUUUGGUGUGACACUCCAGGAGUGGAAUGAUCCUCUUAAUCCUGAUUUAGAAUCUCAUCUGAUAUUCAGGCAACUGCUUGCAAUCAGGGGCGUGUUGACACAAAAAUACUUGGAAUGCAAAGGGAGAAGAGACACUACAGUCCCGAUCAGUUCUAAUGAAGGGUCCAAUACGGUGGAGAUCCCAAACAAAGUCUUCCAGAUCAUCCAGGACCUGGAGCAGGCUCACCGGAAUUUUGAACAUUGGGAGACGUCACUGAACAAGAACAUGUCUGUCGAACUGCUGACAUAAUUUUACCAGAAGAGGAAGUACUUGAGCUUGAUCGGAUGAAUGUUCCAAUUUCAUAAAAUAUUUUUAUUACUAUAUUGCAGCAGUAUUUAUAUCUCCUUGCAUUAAUAUUUGGCUCAGACAUUCUUAUCUGUUUUGAAUUAUGCAAAACAUAGUCCUUGGCAAAAAAAAA